GUGGUCACGGGUGGGGAUUGCCCAGUUUCCCUUUCAUAACCUGCUUAUUGUCUUCCUGCCUGCUUACUCUUGACUCAAGCAAGGUCUCAUUCCCCACUGCCUGCAGUCUCCCGGCAACCAGUCAGCAGCGCUGCCGCUGCCUCCCCUGUUGAAAGUUUCAUACACCUGAGAGGACUCGCAGACCUGGAGGACAGGUGAUGCUGCCAUCAGCGUGCUUGCUGCUGCUCUUGGCGGCCCUGGCCCUGACAGAAACCUGGGCGGGCUCCCACUCCCUGAGGUAUUUCUACACCGUGGUGUCCCGGCCGGGCCUCAGGGAGCCCCGACAUGUGGAAGUGGCCUACGUGGACGACACGCAGGUCCAGUGGUUUGACAGUGACUCCUCAAGCCUGAGGGUGGAGCCAGGAGCGCUGUGGGUGGAGCCGAUGGAGCCGCAGUACUGGGAACAGGAGACACAAGCCCAGAAGAGUAAAACCCAGCAGGGCCACAGGUGCCUGAACAUCCUGCGUGGCAACUACAACCAGAGUAAGGCAGGGUCUCACAACAUCCAGAGGAUGUACGGUUGCGACGUUGGGCCAGACGGGCGCUUCCUCCGUGGGUACGAGCAGUGGGCCUACGACGGCGCCGAUUACAUGGCCAUAAACGAGGACCUGAGCUCCUGGACCCCUGCGGACCCGGUGGCCCAAAAGGACAAGCGCAGGUGGGAGGCAUCUGGAUGGGCUGAGGAAGUCAGGAACUAUGUGGAGGGCAGGUGCGUGGAGAUACUCCUCAGCUUCCUGGAGAACGGGAAGGACACGCUACAGCGAACAGAUCCCCCAAACACACACGUGACCCUCCGCCCCACCUCUGACCAGAAGGUCACCCUGAAGUGUUGGGCCAUGGGCUUCUACCCUGCGGAGAUCACCCUGACCUGGUAUCGAGAUGGGGAGGACAUGACCCAGGACAUGGAGCUGGUGGACACCAGGCCUGGGGGGGAUGGAACCUUCCAGAAGUGGGCAGCUGUGGUGGUGCUUUCUGGAGAGGAGCAGAGAUACACGUGCCACGUGCAGCAUGAGGGGCUGCCUGAGCCCCGAGUCCUGAGAUGGGAGCCCUCUCCUCAGUCCUCCACCCCCACCGGGGGCCUCAUUGCUGGCCUGGUUCUCCUUGGAGCUGUGCUCACUGGGGCUGCGGUGGCUGCAGCUGUGAUGUCGAAGAAGAAGAAGCGCUCAGGUGGAAAAGGAGGAAGCUACACUCAGGCUGCAGGCAGCCACAGUGCCCAGGGCUCUGAUGUGUCUCUCAGCCCCUAAAGGUUGCCCUGGGCCUGUCCCUCCAUCGUGUCCACACGGAGGACUCAUGGGCCGGACACUAUCCCUUCCCGUCCAGCCUCCACCUGCGAGGGCUGAGCACAGGGGCUUCCCGCACUGACCCUCACGCAUCCCCUCUGCUGUCCUGACCCAUGUGGGGAGACGCUUAGCAUCACGGGAUUCUGUGAUGGGAGAGACUUUAGGGACCUUGUGUGUGUGUGUGGGGUUUACUUUGUCUGUGAGUGCAAUGGGGCCAGGGAGACUCAGGGAGUCUAGGGAAUAGUUGGUGUCCAGGAGCUGGCUAUGCUGGUUUUCGAUCUCCCACAGAGUCUUUGAUACACAGAGGGGAGAUGGCCCCCGUGAGCGUGUCUGACUCACUGGCUCUUUCCUAGGGAGAGGAUGAAGCAGAGGGGACGCACCACUCAGAGUCGGCUCCCAGGGCUGAGACUUCCGGCCUAGGGUGACCCCCUGACCACAUGAACACCAGCUAAGGGGACGCCCCAGGACAGGACCGGAGGGUUUCUCCAGAGCCAGUGCCGGGCUCUGAAGCAGGUCCUUCCGUGCUGGUCAUGGCCGUCAGAGCCGCCAACACCUCGCCCCCAGCGCAGCCUUGUGACCUGGAGGCAGAGCCUCUGCGUGAGGCCCCUGCUGCUGCCCCUCAGAGAGGGCGAGAUGCCAGGACUUUGUGGUUUAGUUGUGGGGUUUGGUACAAGACACUGAACACUUAGGGAGAUGAAGUGUUGUUUUCUCACAAGAAACAGUGGAGGCCAGAAGCAGCUAGAGUGACAGUCAAGGCCCUGAUAGAAACAAGCUGUCAGACAAGAAUUCUAUGUCCCCUGAAGUGUCCUUGAAAAUAAAAGUGAUUUUUAUAUUA